ACUCCAGGAACAACAUAACAUACAGCAUAAGUCUCAAUUCUAUGAACAUCGAGCGAAAAUAAUGGCGACAGCGCGCUCUCUGCAAAUCCUCAAGAGACAGCAGCAGUUAUUUAACAAGGUGCAUUCAGCAUGGGCACCCAGAGGUUUUGCAAAUAAAACUGAUGAAGGCUGGUUGAGUUCCAUGUUUGCACACAAUGUGGAUGCCAGGAAAGAUGCCCACUCCAAUCUGCUCUCCAAGAAAGAAACCAGCAACCUCUACAAGAUACAAUUUCACAAUAUCAAGCCAGAAUGCCUAGAGGCAUACAACAAACUGUCAGCUGAGGUGCAGAAAGAGCUUCAUCGUGAUGCGGACUAUCCAUGUGAAGUCGUGGGAAGCUGGAACACUUGGUAUGGUGAACAAGAUCAGGCAGUGCAUCUCUGGAGAUACUCUGGUGGCUAUCCUGCUCUGACGGAGUGUUUACGCAAACUGAACCUCAAUACGGCAUAUCUUGCAUUUCGAAAAGAGAGGAGUAAAAUGCUGAUCUCUCGACGGAACCAACUUCUUCUGGAGUUCAGUUUUUGGAACGAGCCGGCACCAAGAAGUGGACCCAACAUUUAUGAAUUGAGAUCAUAUAAACUAAAACCUGGCACGAUGAUCGAAUGGGGAAAUCAUUGGGCCCGAGCAAUUAAAUACAGACAGGAAAACAAUGAAGCAGUGGGCGGCUUCUUCACUCAGAUUGGUGAUUUGUACGUUGUUCAUCAUUUAUGGGCUUAUAAAGACUUGCAGACCAGAGAAGACACAAGGAAUGCUGCAUGGUUAAAAGAGGGCUGGGAUGCCAAUGUGCACUAUACAAUGCCUCUGAUCCAGAGAAUGGAAUCAAGAAUUAUGAUCCCUAUGGAGCAUUCACCUCUGCUGUGAAUUCAGCACUGUUGCAGCCGUGAUGAUACCAGAAGAUCACAAUCCUCUCACGUAACCUGUCAAGAAGGCCCAGGUCACAUUUCACCCAAUAACCAGAAGAAAAAAGAAGAAGAAAAGAAAUCAUAUUUUGCAUAUAAAGAACAUAGUCAACUAAGACCCUUAGAAUGUUUUGCAUUGUUAUAAUUACUGUAAUGAAGUCAUUUGUUUUACUGUAUUAAUUUAUAAUAUAAUAUAUAAUCAUAUAUUGUAAAAAUCAAUAAAUUAAUUAACAAUUAA